AUGUCUGCUUUAGUUCGAAAACUUGGCACUAGUACUGGACGGUUUGCCAACGCUACCUUGGUUCGACUCUCUGAGUUCCUGAGUGCUGGGUAUAAGAAAGCAGUCCGACCGGUGCGAGACUGGCGUCAGUCUACCACCGUGGCCAUUGACCUGAUGGUUUACUCUAUUCUCAACGUGGAUGAGAAAAACCAGGUCCUGACCACGUAUGUGUGGUAUAGGCAGCAAUGGUUUGAUGAAUUCCUCGUUUGGAAUACGAGUGAUUUUGAUGGUGUGAAACAAGUUUCCAUUCCAACAGCCAAUGUCUGGGUGCCUGACAUCCUAAUCAAUGAAUUUGUGGACGUGGGCAAGUCUCCAGAUAUUCCAUAUGUGUAUGUGCGCCAUGACGGAUUGGUGCGGAAUUACAAACCCAUCCAGGUUGUUACUGCCUGCACUCUCAAUAUUUACAACUUCCCCUUUGAUGUGCAGAACUGUAGCCUCACCUUUCAGAGCUGGCUCCACACGAUUAAUGAUAUCAACAUCACCUUAAUGAGGAGCCCAGAGAAAGUGAAGGAGGAUAAGAGUGUGUUCAUGAACCAAGGAGAAUGGGAGCUGCUCCACGUUUUAUCCAAAUACAAGUCCUUCAGCCUGGACAAUGAUGACUACUACGCUGAAAUGAAAUUCCAUGUAGUGAUCCGACGGAGGCCUUUGUUCUAUACGGUCAACCUCCUUCUGCCCAGUAUCUUUUUGAUGGUGAUGGACAUCGUGGGGUUCUACCUCCCUCCAGACAGUGGAGAGAGGGUGUCUUUCAAGAUCACAUUGCUGCUGGGAUACUCUGUCUUCCUCAUCAUCGUCUCCGACACACUCCCAGCCACUGCCAUCGGGACACCUCUCAUUGGCGUCUAUUUCGUGGUAUGCAUGGCUCUGCUGGUGAUUAGCCUGACAGAGACAGUCUUGAUCGUGAGGUUGGUGCAUAAGCAGGACCUCCGUCCUCACGUGCCGCAGUGGGUCAGACACCUGGUGCUGGAGAAGGCCACGGUGCUCCUCUGUAUCCGACACAAGCUCUGCACCGUCCUCUCCCGAGACUCUGACUUGCCGCACUAUAAAGAGAACAACAUGAACACAGUGCGAUGUAAUCAUCACAGCUGCGAAGCAUCCAGGGAUUCUGAGAGGGGCAGGCUGGGGCUAGCGCUGCCACUGCGGGAAAACACCCCUCCAAUCAUGGACAACAUCCUACAGGAGAUUUCAUCUAUCCGUCAGUUUUUGGAGAAGAGGGACGAGAGCAGGGACAUUGCUAAGGAGUGGCUGCAGGUGGGCUAUGUUCUGGACGUGUUGCUGUUCCGCAUCUACCUGUUAGCCAUGCUAACCUACAGCAUCACACUCGGAACACUGUGGUCUGUGUGGCAGUAUGCCUGA